AUGCCUGCCAGUCGAGAGUUGCUUCAGUCUGACGUAGAUGAGAAGCUUUGGGAUGCCGCCUCCGAGGGAGACGCAGCCGGUGCGAAGGAAGCUCUUGAGGCAGGCGCCGACAUUGAAAUACGGAUGGGCGACUUCAACGAGACGGCCCUGGGGGCUGCCUGCUGGGAAGGACACGCCGAUGUUGUAGAUGUGCUUAUCGAGGCGGGAGCCGACGUCAAUGCCCGGAGCGACUACGGUGGCACACCACUGAAGUACGCUGUGAUCAGCGGCGAGCUGGCCAUUGUGCAUGCGUUGCUCAAAGCUGGCGCCAGCACGGACGGGGUGGCAGCCGGGAAUGGUGCUGGGAUUCUGUUCAGGGUGAUGACGGAAGGCAGCCACGAGGUCGCCCAGGAGCUGAUCGCGGAGGGGCAAAGUGUGGAAGGGCUUUCCGGAGUAACGGAAACGCCACUUUUACUAGCCGCUAAAUUUAGCCAUGCCCCCAUCGUGGCUGCGCUGCUGGACGCGGGCGCCCGUCCCGACCAGAAAGAUGAAUUCGGUGCCACUCCGCUGCAUUUUGCCUCCAACAUCGGUGGCCCCGACAGCAACAACAUUACACGGGCACUACUCGAAGCGGGCGCGGAUGUCGACGUGAGCGACAACCGUGGACGCACGCCUGUCUUUUAUGCCGCGGAGUUCGGGAACGUGGGGGUGAUGAAAAUUUUGCUGGCGGCGGGGGCGGACCCUUCGUUGAAGGAUGACGACGGCGAGACGUUGGAAUCGCUCGCCUGCCUGUGCUCGAGGUCGGUGCAGUACAAUUUUUGUGCUGACGAUGGCUGCGUCGAUGGAGACACGAAGGCUGUGAUACACAGUCUUCUUGAGGGAGAACUGCAAGCAGCUGGUGCCAAUAAGAAACUAUGGAAAGCCGCGAAGAAAGGGAACGCGACGAAGGUGAAGAAUGCGCUGGACGAGGGCGCCAACAUCGAGUUCAGGUGGGGUGCGUUUAAAGAGACGCCUCUCGGGGUCGCCAGCUCCCAUGGCCGCACAGAGGUGGUGGAAGUGCUCAUCGAUGCAGGAGCCGAUGUGGAGGGGGCGGACAAGGAUGGAAUUCCGCCGCUCACCGCCGCUGUUUUCAGCGGUGAGGUGGGCGUCGUGCAGACGCUGCUGACAGCCGGCGCCAGCACAGGGAGACUGCCAGCAGGCAGCGGGUUCCUAAUCCCGCUGAUAGAACAUCUCACCCAAUAUUCCCUGGGCAACGACUCAAGGGCCCACUCACUGGUGACCCCGGCAUCUGCUGGCCUGUAUGGCAUCUUCGGCGUCAUUGAGACGCCCCUCAUCCUGGCUUCUGCUCUGGGCGACUUGCCCAUAGCGGAGGCCCUGCUGCAGGCCGGCGCCAUCCCCGACGAGAGGGACUCCUUCAACGACACGGCGCUGCACUGGGCGCCAUUGUGGUCGGGGCCGGACAGCCAGGACGUUGCCAAGGUGCUUCUGACGGAAGGGGCAUCCGUCGACGCGACGGGGUACCAUGGGGCCACCCCCCUUCACGUGGCGGCGGAGUUUGGGAACGUGGGGGUGGCGAGGGCGUUGGUGGAGGCUGGGGCGAACACGUCGCUGGAAAACGACCACGGAGACACUGCCGAGGAUGUGGUGUGCCUGUGCGCGAGGUCCAAGGUGGGCUCUUACUGUACAAAGGCCUGUGCGGAGGGAGGGGCGAGAAAGGAGAUCGAGCAGCUUCUGUCGGGAUGA